AGUCGUGGCUCAAGUCCUGCUGAACAGUACGCUCCCUCUCCUUCAACGUCACAAUGGCGGAAGCACCUCGUGCAGUUGCAGAGGGCACCAAGCGAGUGAAGAAGGGUUUGCCUGCCAUGCUGAAGGGAGGCGUCAUCAUGGAUGUAAUGAACAAGGAGCAGGCAAAGAUUGCAGAAGAGGCUGGAGCUUGUGCCGUCAUGGCCCUUGAACGCAUUCCAGCAGACAUCCGUCAGAGCAAGGGUGUGGCCCGAAUGUCUGACCCCAAGAUGAUCAAGGAGAUUGUCAACUCUGUCUCUAUUCCUGUGAUGGCAAAGUGCCGCAUUGGACACUUCGUGGAGUCUCAGGUCUUGCAGCAGAUUGGUGUGGACUGCAUUGAUGAGAGCGAGGUGCUGACUGUGGCCGACGAGGGCAAUCACGUGAACAAGACCAAGUUUAAGGUCCCUUUCGUGUGCGGAUGCCGCAACCUUGGUGAGGCUUUGCGCCGAGUUGCCGAAGGUGCGAGCAUGAUCCGCACGAAGGGCGAGGCUGGAACCGGAGAUGUGGUGGAGGCUGUCAGGCACAUUCGCACCUUGCACAAGGAGAUCCGAAUGGUGCAGAUGAUGGACGAUGAUGAGCUCUUCACCUAUGCAAAGGAAAUUGGAGCCCCUAUUGAUCUUCUGCAGCAGGUCAAGAAAACCGGAAAGCUUCCUGUAGUGAAUUUUGCUGCUGGUGGCGUGGCAACUCCUGCAGAUGCUGCCUUGUGCAUGCAGCUGGGUGUGGAUGGUGUCUUUGUUGGCAGUGGCAUCUUCAAGUCUGAGGAUCCGGCCAAGCGAGCACGUGCCAUUGUCAAGGCCGUGACUCACUACAAGGAUCCGCAGGUCAUUGCUGAAGUCUCCGAAGACUUGGGAGAGGCCAUGACUGGCAUCAACUGCGACGGCCUUGCAACUCGAUUUGCAGACAGGGAAGGUGGAAACAUGCCUGCAGCCAAGAAGGCCAGGAUAGAGUCCUAUGCGGACCACAAGGGCCUUGCAGGCACAGCCUUCUGAGUGGCUGAAGUUUCGAUUUUCCAAUCCCACCUUGGCCGGAGUGGAUUGUCACGAUUCUCACAAUUGUCACGCUCACGAGCUGAUUUUGGUUUCACAGCACAGAUCGCAACAGUAGACAGAGAUGUCUCUGCAAAGAGAGAUCCAGGGUCUCUGGAGGAGAUUCUCGGAUAUCCAGAGCCACAACCGCUUCUUUUGGCUUUGCCAUAGAGUGACCCAGCAGAGCUCUUGCUGAUUCCUCAGGCGACGAGUUUCUUUAGUUUUCUCCCCAGACCAGAUAUCAGCCGGUCCAGAGGGGACG